AUUUGAACUUAAAUUAAGUCUCCGUGUUUACGAGUCAUCGUGAAACAUUGCCGCCAAAACGUUUUUCACAAGUGUGCAAAAUUCACAGACUGCAAGUAACAGAAAAGAGACGAAGAAUGACAGAAGGAAGAAAGGGAUAAAUAUGGAAAACUGUAAAUAUUUUCAUGAGUAAAAAUAACGACCUUCUCGUCAAUGGCAUCGCUGUGGUCAAAAAUCUCUCCAGUAAUGCCGGCUAAUGAAGACCAGUUUCCACUGCAAUUCAGUGACAAAGUGGAGCUGAGUGUGGUGGAAAUGCUGCAACGGUCCAGGAAGCAGCUGUACAGCGACAUCACAAGUUACAGCCGGUUGCUUAAUGCUCAGAUUAUUUUGGACAUUUCAUGGGAGAAGCUCAACACCGGAACAUGGCGGCACGUGGACAAGGAGUGGAGGCGCGUUUACUCGUAUGGCUGCCUCUUCAAAGUGGCGGCACUGUGUUGUGAAAGUCCGUCCGAAGACAAGAUCUUGGAGGCUGUUCGGACUUGCGACAUGGGUCUAAUCAUGGGCGCGGCCAUCAUGGGUGAUAUACUUCAGGUUAUUGUUCGGAUUCUGCAAAGUCACAUAAGGACAUUGAACUCUACUAAAGAAGAGAAUGAGAGUGAACAUGCUGAGGUCAAGAGAAUAAAGAUUGAAAGCCCGCUUGUCUCUGCAAUCAAAGAAGAGUUGUCGGUUCCCAGGAUAAGGUGUCCUUCACUGGAAAGUUUCAAAACAAACUACCUGCUCCCCCUCAAACCGGUGAUUUUAGAAGGAAUCAUCGACCAUUGGCCUGCUUUCAACAAACACCCCUGGAGCAUAGAAUACCUGAGGUCUGUGGCCGGCUGCCGGACUGUUCCUGUUGAGGUGGGAUCCAGGUACACUGAUGAGGAUUGGUCACAAACGCUGCUCACGGUCAAUGAUUUCAUUGAUAGAUAUAUUUUGAAUAAAGAUGGAGUGAAAGCUUUGGGUUAUUUGGCUCAGCACCAGCUUUUUGACCAGAUACCAGAGCUCAAGGAUGAUAUCCGCCUCCCUGAUUAUUGCUGUCUUGGUGAAGGCGACGAAGAGGAUAUUACUGUGAAUGCGUGGUUUGGUCCCGGGGGUACAGUCUCUCCUCUUCACCAAGAUCCUCAACAGAACUUUCUGGCGCAGGUAGUGGGAAGCAAAUACAUUCGCCUAUAUUCCCCCGAGGACACAGGCAAGCUGUACCCUCAUCAAUCACAGCUGCUUCACAAUACCAGUCAGGUGGAGGUGGAAAAUCCAGAUGCCGAGCGCUUCCCGGAGUUUGCCAAAGCUCCGUAUCUCGAAUGCGUGUUACAGCCUGGAGACGUUCUUUUCAUCCCUGUCCGACACUGGCACUACGUCCGCUCCUUAGAGCUCAGCUUCUCUGUCAGCUUCUGGUGGUCGUGAUUGCAGUUUCCAAAUAAAAAACCAUAUAGCAUGUGUGUAAUGAAACUAGUUCAGCCUGAUUUCUCCUGCUGUUGAAGAAGGUCACUGGAGAGCUUUUAACUAAUGUGAGGCUAAUAAAAGUAUUAGGACGACCUCUGAUUACAAAAACCUUUGAUCCAUGAACUAUGCACACACAUUGCUCAAUGAUUACUUUAAUUGUGCUGCUGAUGAUUGCAACAUCUAUUAUGUGGAAAGCGACCGGCAGCCACAGAAAACAACAAAUGAGCAGUUAAAAGUGUUUCUGCUCAUUUCAUUCUGCAUAUAAUUUACAGAGGGUUGUUAGUCAUCUAAUUUGAUAGGGUAUGUUUCUCUUUUCAAAUUGGCUUAUUUAAUUGUGUUCUCAACCUUAUUCCCACAAAUAUUCUCAGAUGUGUGAUUUCCAUAAUUCAUGGAAAUGAGGCAAGUCUUCAAAUUUAAUAACCAAGUGAGCUACAGGUACAGAAAUGUGGUAAUAAACACGGCUCUCUGGUUAAACUGACAGUCUGAGCUAAUCAAGCAGGUCACAGAUGAAAAUUAAUAAAUUAAAUGAAUUAAUCCCCUGGGCAUACACAGACUUUGAAAUUAAAACCAUCUCAUUGGUAAAGUACUUUGACAGCACGACUCUUGUUUGGCACCAGAAACGCAAAACCUGACAACAAAGGGAGCAGCGGAUUUCAGACCUCUGACAAGCCACAGUCGUGUAUCCUGUAGGUCCUGUUCAGUCAAGCCUGGUUAUUACAACUAUGAUGUGAGGAAGUGACAAAAUUAAGCAGAUCUGCCCUAAUGUGCGUGUUUGAUCUGGAUUCAGUCAGAAGUAGCGGCGUUUUGGGAAAUCAAGGCAGUGUCAGGCAGGUGAACUUGAAGAGUUGUGGGGAAUGCUUUGAUAAAGCACUUUAGCUCAAGGAAAGGAUAUAUAAUAGACACUUUUUCCUUCAGUUUAAGAGGGUAAAAAAUACAAAGGAAUUGUAGUUCAAAACAACAAAGUGGCCUCAACAAGCUAAAAUAUUUUUCUGAAAACACAAGCUAUAUACUCUCUGACUCCGAAAGUGAUUUUGCCAAAAAAAAAAGCAUAAACAGUCAUGUGAAACAUUCCUUUGAACAUGGUGGCUUGUGGGCAUUCAUUUAUGCACAGCUCUCUUGAGGUCCCCCCACAGCAUUUCGAUCAGGUUGAAGCCUGAACUUUAACUGGGUCAUUGCAACACCGUGAUUCUUUUCUUUUGUUGUAGAUUUUCUCCUGUGCGUCGGAUCAUUGUCCUGUUACAUGACCCAGUUUUGGCCGAGCUUUAGCUGUCAGACAAAUGGCUUCACAUUUGCCUCUAGAAUACUUCAGCAUACAGAGGAAUUCGUGGAUGAAUCGAUGACUGCAAAGUGCCCAGGUACUGUGGCUGCAAAACAAGCCCAAAUCCUCACCCCUACACCACCACGUUUGACAGUUGGUCUGAGCUGUUUGUGCAGAUGUGCUGUGUUUGGGUUUUCAAACCUUUCAAACAAGCUGCAUUUGUUCAGCCUUCUUCUGAUUGUACUGUUGUGAACUUUAAAAUUCAACAUAACUGAGGCCUUUAGAGUCUGAGAUGUAGCUCUGGGAUUUUUUUGCAGAUUCCCUGAGCAUUGCACAAUCUGACCUUGGGGUAGAUUUGCUGGGAUGUCCACUCCUGGGAAUAUUGUAGCAUUGUUAACACAAACCAAAC